GUUCCAGCCACAGCUGCUAACUUCGCACCCGUCGCCUCUGCCGGUCACCCUAGGCCAGCCCCCCUCAACCACCCGGCCGUGGGCGUCCCGAGCCCGGUGCCGCAGCCAGGACCCGCCUGGCGCGCAGCAGAAGCGCGGCGCCCGGGAGCCUCUUGGAGAGCAAAGGCUGCGCCAAGACAGGGAGCCGAGAACCGGCCUAGAAGCCCAAGCCCGAGCCCGGGAAGGGGGCUGCGUGGCCCAGAGCCCCGCGGCUUCUGCGGACGAAUAGCCGCCGCUGCCGCUCACCCAAGCUGCGCGGGUCGGCGGGAGGGCGGUGCGCCAGGACGCGGGGGUCGGUGGCGAUCUUCCAGGCGCCCUUGGCCCCGGGCGCACUAUGACCUGACCUGCAGGGGGCCUCCUGCUCCGGACUCCUGCCGCCACCGGGCGGCCGGGACCAAGGGCUCCACGCCAAGCUCCUACGAAGCCGCCUUCGGGUCUUCAGGAGCCCCCUCCCCCAGCCACCUCCCUCGGGCUCUGCGCCUCCUCCCUGCGGCCCGGCGUCAUGGAGCUCUCCGAUGUGCGCUGCCUCGGCGGCAGCGAGGAACUCUACACCAUCCACCCCACGCCCCCGGCCGGCGACGGCGGGAGCGGCUCCCGGCCGCAGCGGCUACUGUGGCAGACGGCGGUGCGGCACAUCACCGAGCAGCGCUUCAUUCAUGGGCACCGGGGCGGCGGCGGGAGCGGGGGCUCCGGCAAAGGCUCUGACCCUGCGGGCGGAGGCCCCAACCACCACGCCUCGCAGCUGUCCGGCGACUUGGCGCUCCCCCUGUAUUCGCUGGGCACCUCGGAGAGAGCGCACGGUACCAGCGGCACCAAAGUCUUCCCUGAACGCAGCGGGAGCGGCAGCGCCAGCGGCAGCGGGGGAGGGGGCGACCUGGGGUUCCUGCACCUGGACUGCGCCCCCAGCAACUCGGAUUUCUUCCUCAAUGGGGGCUACAGCUACCGAGGGGUCAUCUUCCCCACCCUGCGCAACUCCUUCAAGUCACGGGACCUGGAGCGCCUCUACCAGCGCUAUUUCCUGGGCCAGAGGCGCAAAUCCGAGGUGGUGAUGAAUGUGCUGGACGUGCUGACCAAGCUCACCCUCCUGGUUCUCCACCUGAGCCUGGCCUCGGCGCCCAUGGACCCGCUGAAGGGCAUCCUGCUGGGCUUCUUCACGGGCAUCGAGGUGGUCAUCUGCGCCCUGGUGGUGGUCAGGAAGGACACCACUUCGCACACGUACCUGCAGUACAGCGGCCUGGUCACCUGGGUGGCCAUGACCACCCAGAUCUUGGCCGCGGGCCUUGGGUACGGGCUCCUGGGUGACGGCAUCGGCUACGUGCUCUUCACGCUGUUCGCCACCUAUAGCAUGCUGCCGCUGCCGCUCACCUGGGCCAUCCUGGCCGGCCUGGGCACUUCGCUGCUGCAGGUGGUCCUCCAAGUGGUGAUCCCCCGACUGGCGGUCAUUGCCAUCAACCAGGUGGUGGCCCAGGUGGUGUUAUUCAUGUGCAUGAACACGGCUGGGAUCUUCAUCAGUUACCUGUCAGACCGCGCCCAGCGCCAGGCCUUCCUGGAGACGCGGAGGUGUGUGGAGGCCAGGCUGCGCCUGGAGACGGAAAACCAAAGACAGGAGCGGCUCGUGCUGUCCGUGCUGCCCCGCUUUGUCGUCCUGGAGAUGAUCAACGACAUGACCAACGUGGAAGAUGAGCACCUGCAGCACCAGUUCCAUCGGAUCUACAUCCAUCGCUACGAGAACGUCAGUAUUCUUUUUGCAGAUGUUAAAGGAUUUACCAACCUCUCCACGACCUUGUCCGCUCAGGAGCUGGUCAGGAUGCUCAACGAGCUCUUUGCCCGAUUCGAUCGACUGGCCCACGAGCAUCACUGUCUUCGCAUCAAGAUCCUGGGGGACUGCUACUACUGCGUCUCCGGACUUCCGGAGCCCCGCCAGGACCACGCCCACUGCUGCGUGGAAAUGGGCCUCAGCAUGAUCAAAACCAUCAGGUAUGUGCGGUCAAGGACGAAGCAUGACGUCGACAUGCGAAUCGGAAUCCACUCGGGCUCAGUGCUGUGUGGUGUGCUGGGCCUGCGGAAGUGGCAGUUUGACGUCUGGUCUUGGGACGUGGAUAUUGCGAACAAACUUGAAUCUGGAGGGAUCCCUGGGAGGAUUCACAUUUCCAAAGCCACCCUCGACUGCCUCAACGGUGACUAUGAUGUGGAAGAGGGCCACGGGAAAGAGAGGAAUGAGUUCUUGCGGAAGCAUAACAUAGAGACCUAUUUAAUUCAGCAGCCGGAGGACAGUCUGCUGUCGCUGCCCGAAGACAUUGUCAAGGAGGCAGUGAGCCCCUCGGACCGGAGGAACAGCGGGGCGACGUUCACCGAGGGGUCCUGGAGCCCCGAGCUGCCCUUCGACAACAUCGUGGGUAAACAGAACACUCUGGCUGCCCUAACAAGAAAUUCAAUAAAUCUACUUCCAAACCAUCUUGCACAAGCUUUGCAUGUCCAGUCGGGGCCUGAGGAAAUUAACAAGCGAAUAGAACAUACCAUCGACUUGCGGAGUGGCGAUAAAUUGAGAAGAGAGCAUAUCAAGCCAUUCUCACUGAUGUUUAAAGACUCCAGCCUGGAGCACAAGUAUUCUCAAAUGAGGGACGAAGUGUUCAAGUCAAACUUGGUGUGUGCGUUCAUCGUUCUUCUGUUUAUCACGGCAAUACAGAGCUUGCUUCCUUCUUCAAGGGCUAUGCCAAUGGCCGUCCAGUUCUCCAUCCUGAUCAUGCUGCAUGCGGCUCUGGUCCUCAUCACCACGGCGGAGGAUUACAAGUGUUUGCCACUCGUCCUGCGGAAGACUUGCUGCUGGAUCAACGAGACCUAUUUGGCCCGGAACGUCAUCAUCUUCGCAUCCAUCCUGAUCAACUUCCUGGGCGCCAUCCUCAAUAUCCUGUGGUGUGAUUUUGACAAGUCGAUACCCUUGAAGAACCUGACUUUCAAUUCCUCAGCUGUGUUUACAGAUAUCUGCUCCUACCCAGAGUACUUCGUCUUCACGGGCGUGCUGGCCAUGGUGACCUGUGCGGUUUUCCUCCGACUCAACUCUGUCCUGAAGCUGGCCGUGCUGCUCAUUAUGAUCGCCAUCUACGCCCUGCUGACCGAGACCAUCUACUCAGGUCUCUUCCUGCGCUAUGACAACCUGAACCACAGUGGAGAAGAUUUCCUGGGGACCAAGGAGGCGUCGCUGCUGCUAAUGGCCAUGUUCCUCCUCGCUGUGUUCUACCACGGACAGCAGCUAGAGUACACUGCCCGCCUGGACUUCCUUUGGCGGGUUCAGGCCAAGGAGGAGAUCAACGAGAUGAAGGAGCUGAGGGAGCACAAUGAGAACAUGCUCCGGAACAUCCUGCCCAGCCACGUGGCCCGCCAUUUCCUGGAGAAGGACCGAGACAACGAGGAGCUGUAUUCUCAAUCCUAUGAUGCUGUCGGGGUGAUGUUCGCCUCCAUCCCGGGGUUUGCGGACUUUUACUCUCAGACCGAAAUGAAUAACCAAGGCGUGGAGUGCCUGCGCCUGCUGAAUGAGAUCAUUGCAGACUUCGAUGAGCUGCUCGGCGAAGACCGGUUUCAAGACAUUGAAAAGAUCAAGACCAUUGGCAGCACCUACAUGGCUGUCUCAGGCCUGUCACCUGAAAAGCAGCAAUGUGAGGACAAAUGGGGACACCUGUGCGCCCUGGCCGACUUCUCGCUCGCCCUGACGGAGAGUAUUCAAGAGAUCAACAAGCACUCUUUCAACAACUUUGAGCUCCGGAUCGGCAUCAGCCACGGCUCGGUGGUCGCUGGCGUCAUCGGCGCUAAGAAGCCACAGUACGACAUCUGGGGUAAAACCGUGAACCUGGCCAGCCGCAUGGACAGCACGGGAGUCAGCGGCAGGAUCCAGGUCCCGGAGGAGACGUUCCUCAUCCUGAAGGACCAGGGUUUCGCCUUCGACUACCGGGGGGAGAUCUACGUGAAGGGCAUCAGCGAGCAGGAGGGGAAAAUCAAGACGUACUUUCUCCUGGGCAGGGUCCAGCCCAACCCGUUCAUCCUGCCCCCGAGGAGGCUGCCGGGGCAGUACUCGCUGGCCGCCGUGGUCCUGGGCCUCGUCCAGUCCCUCAACAGGCAGCGGCAGAAGCAGCUCCUCAACGAGAACAACAGCUCGGGCAUCAAGGGCCACUACGCCCGGCGGACUCUGCUGACGCCCGGCGGGCCCGAGCCCGGCGCCCAGGCCGAGGGCCCCGACAAGUCCGACUUGCCAUAAGCGCGUACCCUUUGUGUUCCUUUUUUUUGUAUUUCUUUUAUAUAUAAAA